AUAGCGUUUGUUCUUCACAUAGUCCAGCUUUAAUGGCGUGAGAGCGUACACAAACGGAAGAGAGUAUAUAUAUGUAUAUGUGUUUAUGUAUAUGUAUAUGUAUAUGUAUAUGUGUUUUUCCUUAAAAGUAAAACCGUAUGUGAUCUCCUUCAAUCUUUGCAUGCUUCACCAAACUCCUUUACAAAAAAAGAAAACCCAAAAACCCAAAAUAUGAUUUCUGAUAUCAAUGAAAUGAAAUGCCAUUUGGUUUCCAAUCCUUGAAGAAAACCCACGCUUUUUUUCUUUUGCUUUUUCUCAAAAUCUGAGCAAAACCCAGAUGUUAAAAAGUGGUAAUCUGUUCUGGGUAUUUGUUGUUUUUUUCAAGUUUUUUUUUGUUUGAUUUAAUCUGAUGUUUGUGUUUUGAUUGUUUCUUUUGUUGUUGUUGUUGUUGUUGUUGUUGUUGUUGUUGUUGUGUCUGUUUGUUUGUGUUUGAUGUUGGAAUCUACUGCUGAGAUUGGGAACAUGAAGGAUGAUGAAGAGUUUGAAAUGUUAUUAGAUGAGAUCCCUCAUGCAACUUCUCAUAAUCAUCAUCAUCAUCAUCAACAUGAGAGGAAGAAUCAUGUGAAUGGGUCAUUACAUGGCAUGUAUGGCAAUGGUUUUAUGUAUGAUGAUGACCCAUCAUCAAGUUACUUACAUAAUCGUACAUGCGUUUCCCCUGUAAGCGGUUUCUCUUUACUAUCAGAUGGUUCAUCUUCAAGCUUGUUUUCACACAAUGGGCAGUCUUUAUCUGACCAUGGAUCACCACCACCACCAUUAGAGGACUUUAAGCCACACUUGUUUGGUGAACUUGAUCUUUGUAGAAACUUUAGUAAACUGUAUAUUAGCAAUGAUCAAGAGAAUUUGGGUUCUAGUUUUAGAGAUUUCUCCCUUGAAUCCAAUGGGAUUCAACGUUUUGAUCAAUUCAAUGUUGAGAAACAUGGUGUUUGUGAUACAUUGAGGAAAGGGUUUUCUGAAUUUAUGCCUUUGAGUUUCAAUGGUGGGAUGGCAUUUUCUGGUUUGCCCCAUAAUUUAUUAGGUCCUCAAAUGUAUCCUCAAGGGAUGGGUUGUUGGAAUGGUACAAUGAGAUCACCAUGGCAGAACAAGGAUCAAGCUUGUAAUGUAUUGAAUUUAAGCCCUUCUUUGAGUAAUGGUGAGCUGAUUGUUCAUGGUUCUCCCCGGCCGGUUCGAAACAUGUUAAACCAUGGGAUGCCAUUGUCCAAUGGCUUGGCUAGACCUAGAGCUCAUUCAAAUGUUGGGGCUUUUAGUAAUGAGGAUAGUUUCAUUAUUCAAGGAGAUGGUUUAAAUUAUGUAAUGAUCAAUAAGGGGCUUGAUUGUUCGAGAGGGCUAAACAAGGCAAAGGAUAUUGGUGCGAGUAAGCAUCGAGAAGGAAGGUUGCAACUCGAUAAUUGGUCUCAAUUUGCACCAGCUUGUGGAAAUUCUAAGAAUGCUGCUAAGUUAUGUACCUCGUUUUCUUUGCCGCCUAAGUAUAACUCGUUGGCUGAAGCUCGUGGAUAUAUAUACUUGAUAGCGAAAGAUCAACAUGGUUGUAGGUUUUUACAACGGCUAUUCGAUGAGGGUACCCGAGAGGAUGUUGAAAUGAUAUUUAAGGAGAUUAUUGAUCAUGUGGUCGAACUUAUGAUGAACCCUUUCGGGAAUUAUCUUAUGCAGAAGUUAUUGGAAGUGUGUAAUGAACAACAGAGAAUGCAGAUUUUGUUAAUGGCUACUGAGGAACCGGGUCAACUUGUUAGAAUAUCUCUAAACACGCAUGGGACUCGUGUGGUGCAAAAGUUGAUUGAGACACUCAAAACCAGGCAACAAAUUUCGCUUGUUGUAUCAGCUCUUGAGCCUGGGUUUUUAUCACUCAUCAAGGACUUGAAUGGCAAUCAUGUCGUACAGCGUUGCUUGCAAUGUCUUAGCUGUGAAGAUAACAAGUUUAUUUUCAUUGCUGCUGCAAAGUAUUGUGUUGAUAUUGCAACUCAUCAACACGGCUGUUGUGUAUUGCAACGAUGCAUCACUCAUUCCACCGGGGAAUAUCGAGAUAAUUUGGUUGAAGAAAUAUCCUCCAAUGGACUUCUACUUGCACAGGACGCAUAUGGAAAUUAUGUUGUUCAGUUCAUCUUGGAAUUAAAAAUUCCAUCUGCCACUUCAACUUUGAUCUCUCAAUUUGAAGGGAACUACGUGCACCUCUCGUCUCAGAAGUUCAGCAGUCACGUGGUCGAAAAAUGUCUCAUGGUGUUAAAUGACGAGAGCCGGUCGAAACUCAUUCAUGAAUUGCUGUCUACAGCUCACUUUGAACGAUUGCUUCAAGAUCCGCAUGCAAACUACGUCGUGCAAACCGCUCUCCGUGUAUCCGAGGGACCUCUGCACAAUUCACUCGUAGAAGCAAUUGAGUCCCAUAAAGCAAUAUCACGCAACAGCCCGUAUUCGAAGAGGAUUCUCUCUCAGAAGCUACUCAAAAAGUGAAUGUACAUUCUCCCCCUUUACUUUUUGUUGUUUUGUGUCAACUAAAACUAUCAUCUAUAUAUAUAUAUAUGGAAAAACCGGACUUGAAACCGUAAAAACGAGCUCUCGCGUUUAACCUGAGGAAGAGUUUUUGUCUUCUAAAAAUGGCAUGGGAAAUCCCCUUCCAUGUGCUCCAAAGAGUGUAAAAGAUAAAAAAGCAAUUUUGAACUAUAAAGUUGCUUAAUUUUUGGACAUUGUAUUAUUUAUGUUGUCUUGUUGAUCUUUAUCUAUGGUAUUUGGAUGUUUUCUUUUGCAA